AUAACAAGCAUUUAUCCUUCUAGAAGGUCCAUUCAAAUCGGGCGCCGUUAGGGCGUCACCUUCUUCGUUCUUUUCCUGUUAAAAGAAAAAUCGGUCUGCCGCUGUUGACUUCCCCUUCCCACCACCAUUCGCCGCCGGCUCCGCUUCCGUCGUCGUGUUGACCCAGGCGUUGUUCUUCCUUUACCCAGUCACGUCAACUUUGGCACUAUCGUGAAUGCUUGGCACGGAAGCAUCGCACGGACCCGAUAUCGACCCUUCACGAACUCCAUUACCGAGCAAGCCAGGCAAAGGCCACUACAAAUAGCAUCGCCUCGUUCCUCCUCCUUCAUCGGAUUUCGCUUAUCCUCUAUCUCAUCUCUCUCUUGUGCUGCUUUGCUGAAAGAGAAGCUAUGGGGUACUGGAGGGAAGCCACCGGCAUCAAAGGACCUAGCGGAUUCGGAUCCGGCAACACCGCCGAGCAGGUCACUCAGGGCAUCGACGCCUCUCGCCUCACCGCCAUCGUCACCGGUGGAAGCAGUGGGAUCGGAGCAGAGACUGCAAGGGUGUUGGCCCUGAGAGGAGCCCAUGUCAUCAUCGGUGCAAGGAACUUGGAAGCUGCUAAUGCCGUGAAGCAGAACAUCCUGAACAGCAUUCCAUCUGCUAGAAUUGACAUCAUCCAGAUUGAGCUCAGCUCGCUCAAAUCUGUCCGAGCCUUCGCCGAGAAAUUCCUCGCCAUGAAUCUCCCUCUCAACCUCUUGAUAAACAACGCUGGUGUGAUGUACUGCCCAUUCAAGCUCUCAGAGGAUGGAGUAGAGAUGCAGUUUGCGACGAAUCAUCUCGGUCACUUCCUGCUGACAAAUCUUCUACUUGAGAAACUGAAAACCACUGCGGAAAAGACAGGAAUUGAGGGCCGCAUCGUGAAUCUAUCCUCAGUCGCUCACGUUGGGCCUUACAGUGAAGGAAUCAAGUUCGACAAACUCAAUGACAAGAAAGCAUAUAACGAUAUGAUGGCCUAUGGGCAAUCCAAGUUGGCUAACAUCUUGCACUCCAACGAGCUCGCACGACGCUUGAAGGAAGAAGGCGUGAAUGUUACUGCAAAUUCUGUUCACCCUGGUUUGAUCAGAACAAAUUUAGGGAGACACGCAGCCUGCUUCAUUACUGUUUUGAGGGCUUUCACUUUCUUCUUGUGGAAGGACAUCCCUCAAGGUGCAGCAACGACGUGCUAUGUGGCACUGAAUCCAAGUUUGAAGGGAGUGACUGGGAAGUAUUUUGCAGACAGUAACUUGGAGAAGCCAAGUGCCAAGGCCAGAGAUGAAGCAUUAGCAAAGAAGCUCUGGGAUUUCAGUGAAGAACUAGUUAAUAAUUCGAAGUAAGGAAGAUGCUUGUACGAUUUCUAAGUGUUUUAUAUUCGGUCUUAUUAUUAUUAUCAUUAUUAUUUUUAUUAUUUGUUGGUGAUGGUAUGUUGUAUGGAUUGAGCCUUUGAGGCCUUUUUUUUUCCCUUUGUUUAGAGUUAAGUUUGUAGUGCUGUGUUUUAAACAUAUAUUUGUAAUGAGAUAAUCAUAAUAUUGUUAUGUAAAACCAUUUACGUCUUUA